AUGCAGGGAUGUGGAGCCAACCCAGGAGGAGAUAAGUAUUACAGGACGAGUGCAAAGAAGGGCCGUCGAGCAGCCCCACCUCCUCCCUCCUCUGCAUCAGGAAGCCUUGAAACAGAGGAUGCUGACCUCGGUCUUGCUGAUGACAUCCUCAUGAGUCCCACGUCUGCAUCAUCGAGACCCACCACAUCUGCAUCCCGGAAGAGUGUCCCUGCUCCUAAAGCAGAGAGCAAUCAUGUGCGUGCAGUCCCAAGUGCUCGACCCCAUCGUAUGACUGGAUGGGCAGAAGAAGGAUUCCACCUUGGCAGGAGGAAGAGUACAGCCAGUGUCUUGGAAGAGGAGAGAUUUCGAGAAGCAGAUCACAUAGUGAAGGCUGAUUCAGAUGAAGAAGAGCCAGUGAUCCCUGAUUUAGGAGAUGUGCAGGAUGAGGACUUCUCCCAGCAGGUUGCUCAGGCUCCUACGGUGGCUGUGAAUAGAGUUGCAACCUACAAGGAAUUGGACUCAGACCUCUUCAGGCACUCAGCUUUUGCAACUCUAGAUGAAAUAGAUCUCCGAGCCCUCACCAAGUGCAUGACCUCAGAAGCUGAGGUGAAAGAG